AAUCUCUGUUGCCACCAAGUUGAGAAAAUUCAGCUCCGACUAUUGUUGCCAGAAAUUGGGUAUAUAAACCCCCAUUGAUGAAUCUUGGAACUCACUUCAACUGCCAAAACAAUUCAACUUCACUGUUUUUCAGUUCGCUAGAGAGAUCUUUUGAGAAUAUAUUAGCGAAAUGGCAGGACUGAGGUAUGCAGGAAUGGUGUUGCUGGUGAUAGCGGCGACCAUGGCAAUGACCGAGGCCAGGACUAUCGUCGUUGGUGGAUCUGAGAACUGGCGUUUCGGCUACAACUACACGGACUGGGCUCUUAAGAGCAGUCCCGUCUCUAUUAGCGACAAACUUGUGUUCAAAUUUGAUGCACCCCACAACGUGUACUUGCUGCCCAACCUGUAUAGCUACCUCAAGUGUGACUUCAAGGGUGCGAAGCUUCUCGCCGGUGCGCCAGAAGGCACCGAAGAAGGGUUCGAGGUCGUGCUGGACCAAUGGAGGCUCUACUACUUUGCUUCCUCUAACGACAAGGACUGCUCCGAUGGCUUGAUGAAGUUCUUUGCCAUGCCGCUUCCGCAUUGGAAGUGAUUGGGAUGAAGAAUCGGACCGGUUCUGCUAGCUGGUGAUAUUUGAUUAGGUUUGCGCGAUUAUAGAAAUUGAAUAAAGUGUGACUGAUCCCGGAGAGGUCAUGGGUGAAAAUAAAUUGUAUGUGCUGAAGGUAUUUUGUUGUUUCUUCUAUUACUAGUGUGUCAUCCAUGGUUCGCCGCGGAAUAUAAUUUUAUUAUGAAUAAAUUUCAUUUCUUCCAUAUAA